CAGGGCGUCCAUAAGCCGUGAGCCCAGUCUCUCCGCCACCUCUGUUUUUAUUUCUGGCGGCGAACCGGAAGGAGAGAGCCCUGCGUGCGAGAAAGGAAAGAAAGGAGCGGGGACAGAGGUAUUCCAGCUCUCUUUUUGAGAGAGAGGGAAGGAAGGAUCAUAAACAAGAGAGUUGGGAGAGGAAGAGGAGAGAGAGGAGACGAGAGGAGGGGGUUCGAGAGAGAGGGAAAGGCAACGGAGCCCUGCUGUAUGUCAGAUCGUAGUGAGGGAUACUACGGCGGAUUCGGUGAGCUCGCGAACCCCUUGCAAUGGCCACAACUGAGGAAAAAGCGACGCCUUGCUGCGCUUCCGCCCCCGCCGGCGGCGACGGAGGCCUCCGAAGGGAGGCGGCCGGGGUGGUCCGGGAAUGGACCGCCGGCGAGAAGCAGACCGUGGCAACGGCGGCCAUGAGCUCUCUGAUCCGCCCCGUCGAGGAGAUUCCGGAGCCAUCCGCGAAGCCUUCCACCAAGGGGCUUCCGAUGAUGAUGAGGGCCCAGACAAAACACCCUUUAGACCCAUUAUCUGCUGCUGAAAUCUCUGUGGCAGUAGCAACUGUUAGGGCUGCUGGAGCAACUCCUGAGGUGAGAGAUAGUAUGCGGUUUGUUGAAGUUGUUCUUCUGGAACCAGAGAAACAUGUGGUGGCAUUAGCUGAUGCCUACUUUUUCCCCCCUUUCCAACCAUCGCUACUCCCUAGAACGAAGGGUGGUCCUGUCAUUCCAAGUAAGCUUCCUGCUAGGAGGGCCAGGCUUGUUGUCUAUAACAAGCAAUCAAAUGAGACAAGCAUCUGGAUUGUUGAACUAUCAGAAGUACAUGCAGCAACCCGGGGUGGCCAUCACAGGGGAAAGGUCAUCUCGUCAGAAGUUGUUCCUGAUGUUCAACCUCCUAUGGAUGCUGUGGAAUAUGCAGAAUGUGAAGCUGCUGUGAAAAGUUACCCUCCAUUCAUAGAGGCCAUGAAAAAGAGAGGUAUAGAGGAUAUGGAUCUUGUGAUGGUAGAUGCCUGGUGUGCUGGCUAUCACAGUGAAGCUGAUGCUCCUAGCCGCAGACUUGCCAAGCCACUAAUUUUUUGUAGAACCGAGAGUGAUUGCCCCAUGGAGAAUGGUUAUGCACGUCCUGUUGAAGGCAUUCAUAUUCUUGUCGAUAUUCAGAAUAAUGUGAUAAUUGAGUUUGAAGAUAGAAAACUGGUUCCUCUACCUCCAGCAGAUCCAUUAAGAAAUUAUACUCCUGGAGAUACACGAGGAGGUGUUGACCGUAGUGAUGUGAAACCUCUGCAUAUUCUUCAGCCUGAAGGCCCAAGUUUUCGAGUUAAUGGUCACUUUGUAGAAUGGCAGAAGUGGAAUUUUCGAAUUGGUUUUACUCCAAGGGAGGGUUUGGUAAUUUAUUCUGUUGCAUAUAUUGAUGGUAGUCGUGGUCGGAGACCCAUAGCUCACAGGUUGAGUUUUGUUGAGAUGGUAGUUCCAUACGGAGAUCCAAAUGAACCACAUUACCGUAAGAAUGCAUUUGACGCUGGAGAAGAUGGCCUUGGAAAAAAUGCACACUCUCUUAAAAAGGGCUGUGACUGUUUGGGCUUUAUUAAGUACUUUGAUGCACAUUUUACGAAUUACACCGGUGGCAUAGAGACCAUUGAAAACUGUGUCUGCUUGCAUGAAGAGGACCAUGGAAUCUUAUGGAAGCAUCAAGAUUGGAGAACAGGCUUAGCAGAAGUAAGGCGAUCAAGGAGGCUUACUGUAUCAUUUAUAUGUACAGUAGCUAAUUACGAGUAUGGCUUUUUCUGGCAUUUCUAUCAGGAUGGUAAAAUUGAAGCAGAAGUGAAACUAACUGGAAUUCUCAGUUUAGGUGCAUUGCUGCCUGGUGAAUCAAGAAAAUAUGGUACAACCAUUGCUCCUGGUUUAUAUGCACCUGUUCAUCAGCAUUUCUUUGUUGCACGUAUGGACAUGGCCGUUGAUUGUAAGCCUAGUGAAGCAUUCAAUCAGGUGGUUGAGGUGAAUGUUAAAGUUGAAGGACCAGGCCAAAAUAAUGUUCAUAACAAUGCAUUUUAUGCCGAAGAAAAGCUUCUUAGAUCUGAGUUGCAAGCUAUGCGUGAUUGUGAUCCUUCAUCUGCUCGCCACUGGAUUGUAAGGAACACAAGAACUGUUAAUCGGACUGGCCAACCUACAGGAUACAAGCUUGUGCCUGGUUCUAAUUGUCUACCCUUAGCUGGUCCAGAGGCAAAAUUUUUGAGAAGAGCUGCAUUUUUGAAGCAUAAUCUUUGGGUUACGCCAUAUAAUCGUGAUGAGAUGUACCCUGGAGGAGAGUUUCCCAAUCAAAAUCCACGUCCAAAUGAGGGAUUAGCAACAUGGGUUAAGAAGAAUAGGCCACUUGAGGAAACUGACAUUGUUCUCUGGUACAUAUUUGGGGUUACCCAUAUUCCAAGGUUGGAAGACUGGCCUGUCAUGCCUGUGGAGCGCAUAGGUUUUAUGCUCAUGCCUCAUGGGUUCUUCAAUUGCUCCCCUGCUGUGGAUGUGCCUCCUGGUCAUAGUGAGGUGGAAGUCAAGGACAAUAAUGGAACGCCAAAGUUGAUUCAGAACGGACUGCUUGCAAAGCUGUGAGGGGAGAUGUGGAAGGAGAAACUGGAGGAAACAAGAGGAACUUUAAUGUUGUGCCUGCAGGAUGUCUGAAAGUUGCAAUAAAUAUGACUUUGGAUUGCGUUGUUUGUUGUUUUCUGUAUUGGUAUAUGUUCGAUCUAGCUCGUACUUCAUUUAAGCCAUAUGUCUUUCCUGCAGUUAGAAGAAAUACCAUUGAACGUAUAAAUUUUUAGGGUAUGUUUGGUUGUAAUGAGAAUUGCUUGGAAAACAUAUUUUUCUUGGACAAUCUAGAGCCUGCUUGGCGUUAUUGUUU